AUGAAGUUCCAAAAAGAGGACACAAACGAAGGGUUAAAAUAUGAGAAAACUCUUACAUGUCCAUGUUCAAAUGUUACUAUACCUUAUAAUACUUUUAUUGAAAAUACAAUUGAAUUUCAUUCUGUUUGUUCAAGUAUUUUCAUACGUGAAGAAUGGAUUGAAGGAUUAUAUUUGAAAAAUCCCAGUCGAUAUGAAACAGGAGAUUUUCGAACAACUGCAUAUUCUCAGUUUCGAUUAUUAUCAAAUCUUUGUUCAUAUUCUAAAACUACUGUUCUUCAAAGUGAAAUUGAAUUCAAAAUAGAAAAUUUUCUCAAUAAUAUUCUUUUAACCGAGAAUGAACUUGAAGAUAAAGUCAAUGUUAUUAUUCAAUCUAUUCAAAAUAGUGCAAAAAAUCGAAUGAUUUCACUUUUAGACUAUAUAAGAGCAAUGAUUCGAGCGAAUUAUUUGGUAUCAGCUUUUUUUUUUAAUUAUGCAACAACUGUGAUCAAAUAUGAUCCUGUAGGUACGUGA